UUUUUAAGGAAAAUAGAAUUUAUAUCAAGUUCAACAAAAUGGUCCAAAAACAUCGUUCAGUUUCCAAAGCCACCUUGGCUAAAGAUGUAAGUCCCAUGCGCAAUAUGGCAAUCAACAAGCAAGCGCUCGCCUCGAGUCCCGCCAGCAGCAUGGCGACGAGUUUCGGUGACCGUUUGAGUGUGCGCACUGCAGGAUCGAGCGGCUGCAGCAAUGCCGAUAAAUGGAAAUACAAUAAUAUGGUGAAUAAGCAGCGCGAACAAUUCAAUAGUUUACAUUUCUGUUAAGCUGUCAGCAGUGGCUGUUGCUAGCUCGAACGGUUCAAGUUAGAUUGGCUUGGUUGUAGGAACUACGCAAAGCUAUGGCGACCCUCCUAGCAACAGCAAAGCAACAUCAUCGGCAUUAUAGCUCACCUUUUUAUGGAAAGUGCACACAUACAUAUAUUAUAUAUAUGUAGAAAUAUGUACAUACAUUAUGUUAGUGGAAAAAAAUAUGUGAAAAAAACCUUUAAACUUGUUAUUUAGCAACUGAUAAAAAUAAAUUAAAUUUUUUAUAGUUAAAAAAACAAAAC